AUGGGGAUAGGACGGAAUAAGCAAGAAGUCUUUGCAUUUAUUGAAGCCAAACUUAAACACCGGUUAGGGGGGUGGAAUAAGAAGUUUCUUUCUCGGGCGGGCAAGGAGAUACUACUGAAGAGUGUCGCUCAAGCUUUGCCUACAUAUACGAUGAGUUUAUAUUUUCUCCCCAUCUCCUUAUGUGAGCGGCUUGAAAGGUUGAUGAAUAAAUUCUGGUGGACUGCGAAUGGUGGUAGUGGUGGUGGAAUUCGGUGGAUGUCUUGGACGCGCAUGUGUGGCCCGAAAAAUACUGGUGGAAUGGGAUUUAAACAUCUCCAUAAUUUUAAUAUUGCUUUAUUAGCAAAACAAGGAUGGAGAUUGCUGACUUGUCCUGAUUCUCUGGCUGCUAGAGUUUACAAGGCUCGGUACUUUCCGCGAGCAGAUUUUCUGAAUGCUUCAAUAGGUGCUAAUCCUAGUUAUUGUUGGAGAUCCAUUUUGGCUGGGCAAGAUGUUUUAAAAAAAGGCUGUUAUAAGAGAAUUGGCAAUGGUCGAGCGACCUGUGUAUGGAAUCAGCCGUGGCUGCCAGAUGCGACUAAUCCGUUUGUGACUAUUCCAGUGCAUGGUCAGGAUGUGAAUCUUCGUGUUACUGAGUUACUGCUCCCUCAUACCAAUGACUGGGAUUUGACUAAAUUAUCCAGUCUGUUUAUUCAGCGGGAUAUUGAGCUUAUUAAAUUAUCCAGUCUGUUUAUUCAGCGGGAUAUUGAGCUUAUUACUCAGAUCCCAGUCUCCAUCAAUUUUGAAGACAAAUGGUGUACUCAGAUCCCAGUCUCCAUCAAUUUUGAAGACAAAUGGUGA